UCUGCUGCUCAGCCCAUUGAUGUGUUUACUAUAAUGGCAGAGGCAAUGGACUUGAUCAAUUGUUCAAUUUGCCUGGAUCUACUGAAAGAUCCGGUGGCUAUUCCCUGUGGACACAACUACUGUAUGGGCUGUAUUGAGGACUGCUGGGAUCAGGAUGAUCCGAAUGGUGUCUACAGCUGCCCACAGUGUAGAAAGACCUUUACCCCGAGGCCUGUUUUGAACAAAAAUACUCUACUGAUUGAAUUGGUGGAGAAACUGAAGAAUACAGGACUCCAUGCUGCCUUUCCUGCUCACUGUUAUGCUGGACCUGGAGAUGUGGAGUGUGAUUUCUGCACUGGGAGAAAACUCAAAUCUGUAAAAUCCUGUCUGGUGUGUCUGGCCUCUUACUGCGAGACUCAUCUACAGCCUCAUUAUGAAGUAGCUCCAUUAAAGAAGCACAAGCUGGUCAAAGCAUCCACACAACUACAGGAGAAGAUCUGCUCUCAUCAUGAUAAACUGCUUGAGGUUUACUGCCGUACCGAUCAGCAGUGUAUCUGUUAUCUUUGUACAGUGGAUGAACAUAAAGGCCAUGAUACAGUGUCAGCUGCAGCAGAAAGAACUGAAAAACAGAAACAGUUGGAUGAAAAACAGCAGAUAUUAAGGCAGAGAAUCCAGAAGACAGAGAUGGGGGUGUUGGAGGCGAGACGGUCUAUACAGUUUGUCAAGCGCUCUGCACAGGCAGUAGUGGAGGACAGUGAGAGGAUCUUUCCUGAGCUUAUCCGCUCCAUUGCGAGACGGAGCUCUAAGGUGAAGCAGCUGAUCAAAGCCCAGGAGAUGACUGAAGUGAGUCGGACUGAAGGACAACUGAAGCGACUGGAGCUGGAGGUGGUUGAGCUGAGGAGGAAAGACGCUGAGCUGGAGAAGCUCUCACACACAGAGGAUCACAUCCAUUUCCUCAAGAGUUUACAGUCUUUCUCUGUCCCUCCGGGAAUUGAGGCCUUACCUAGCACUUUUAACCCUCACGUCUCCAUUGAGGAUGUCAAGAAGUCACUCUCUGAACUACAAGACCGAAUGGAGAAUGUAUUCAAUGAGGAAAUGGCAAAGAUAACUAAAAAAGUUGGAUAUGCCAUUCAUUUAGCCAGCAGCCCCAUCAGGAAAAUCCUCUUCUGCUUUGGAGAAUCCACCUCUGGCUUCAGCUUCCAGCCCGUCAUCAGUCCCUCCAAGUCCCCGUUCAAGCUGAACCAGAUCAGGGUGUCUGUGGACAAGGACCAGGACCUGACCCAAGAGAAUGACAAACAGGCUACUGAAACCAACGUUUUUACUGGUGGGACAGCUUCAGUGGGAGGAUUUACUUUUAGAUUUGGGGCCGACUCUCAGCCCACCACCAACCCUCCCCUCCCUGAGCCUGGCUACUUCACUAAGCCCUCCGUCGUCGUACCUGUCCAACCACCGAAGAGCAUUGAGGGGAAGCCGAUCCCUGCUGAGCCUCCUAAGGUGCUUAGCUUUGGUGCUGGAAUAGUCGCUCAGUCCACUCCAUCGUCCACUGCCUUUAAAUUGAACUCCAACUUCAAAUCCAAAUUGAUGGGCCCCUCAGAGGGGAAGCCCCACUAUCCUCCUAGCCAGGGAGGGAUAUUUACUUUUGGCACUAAAAGCGCGGCUGGGUUCUCCUUUGCUGACGCAACCCAGAUCCAGGACAAACCAAACCUGUUUGGAAAAACUGACCAGCCAUUUAGUUUCACUGAUGUAACCAAGCCGGUAUUUGGGCUGGAAAACACAGCGGAGGAGGAGAAGGGAGCGGAGAGCAAUAACAACAGCACUCAUGUGGAGGAGGACGAGGAUGGGCCUCACUUUGAGCCUAUUGUGCCCCUCCCUGACAAAGUAGACGUGAAGACUGGAGAGGAGGAGGAGGAGGAGAUGUUCUGUAACAGGGCCAAGCUGUUCAGAUUCGAUGCGGAGACAAAAGAGUGGAAAGAGAGGGGCAUCGGCUUAGUCAAAAUCCUAAAGCACAAUAGAUCAGGGAAAGUGCAUCUGCUGAUGAGGAGGGAGCAGGUUCUGAAGGUCUGCGCUAACCACUACAUCAUGCCAGAUAUGCUCCUGAAACCAAACGCUGGAUCUGACAAGUCCUGGGUCUGGAAUGCCGUUGAUUAUGCGGAUGAGGAACCAAGGCCUGAGCAACUGGCCAUCCGGUACAAAACGGCAGACGAGGCAUUGCUCUUCAAGACAAAGUUUGAAGAGGCUCAGAAGAUCAUUCCCAAACUCCAGAAAAGCAGCAAGAUCAGUCAUAUAGAAACAUUUUUUUAUCCUAAACCCUCUGCUCCAGAGACGACAAACUUUGCUGCCAAGUUUGCAAAGAAGUACGGGGAAUGGGACUGCGAUGUGUGCUGCGCAAGAAAUGCAGCUAAAGUUAUGCAGUGUGUUGCCUGCCAGACUGACAACCCUAAUGCCCCAUCAAAGCCAGACAGCGCACCGGCUACUGACAUCAAAGGCUUUACUAGUGGGGCAGCUUCAGUGGGAGGAUUUACUUUUGGAUUUGGAGCUGACUCGUCAAAAGACACCAGCAGUGCAGGAUCUAUUGGAAAAGGAUUUGGGUCUUUUGGAGCUCAGAUACCCCCCUCCUUUACGUUUGGAACCAGUGGCACCACUUCUAUACCUGCUGCUGGUUUUGGUGCCCAGUUUGGUAAGAGGCAAGAAACCACAAAAGUAGCAGUAGAAUCAAAGCCGUCAACCAUGCCAUUUGGCUCUGGAUUUGGUGUGCAAUUCGUCAAAAAGCCAGGGCAGUGGGACUGUGAUACAUGCGCUGUAAGAAAUGAGGCAUCUGCAAACAGUUGUGUUUCUUGUCAAACUCUUAACCCUUUAGAAAAACCUGCUGCUAGUGCCCCAGCUUUGGCAACCCUCUCAAUUGGGUCUGGAUUUGGUGCACAGUUUGACAAAAAAACAGGGCAGUGGGAGUGUAACACGUGUGUUGUUAGAAAUGAGGAGUCUGCUAGCAAUUGUGUUUCUUGUCAAACUCCAAAUCCUGUAGCCAAAACAGUUGUAGAUGGAGCAGCAGAAUCAAAGCCCUCAACCAUGCCAUUUGGUUCUAGAUUUGGUCCCCAAUUCAGCAAAAAGCUGGGGCAAUGGGACUGUGAUACAUGCAUUGUAAGAAACGAGGCCUCUGCAAGCAGUUGUGUUUCUUGUCAAACUCCUAACCCUUCAGCAAAAUCAACAGUAGAGGUAGCACCAACAACAAAGCCAACAGUGUCAGGCUUUGGUGCUCUAUUUUCUAAGAAGGAUGGACAAUGGGACUGUGAUUCCUGUCUAGUGAGGAAUGAUGCAUCUGCCUCUAAGUGUGUUUCCUGCCUGACACCCAACCUCAAUGCUAGGAACGCCUCCUCUCUUGGGGCCAUGUGGGACUGUGACAGAUGUCUAGUCAGAAAAGACGGCUCUGCUAGUCAAUGUGUUUCCUGUCAGAUGCCCAACCCCAAUGCUAAGAGCACAGCCACAGCCGCCCCUUCCAGCUCAUCCUUCAGCUUUAGCUUCGGGAGUCAGAGUGCCUCUACUCAGCCCGCAUUCACUGGGUUUAAAGCGAACUUCAACAGUGACAGCUCUUUUCAGUUUGGCACAGGUAAAGUUGAUAAAAGUUCCCUUGCAUCCUUCACAUUUGAGACCCCUCCUCAGGCUGAAAGCAGUACCCCCAGUGCUGCAGGCUUCUCUUUCACCAUGCCCAUCCCAGCAGGUGGCUUUAAGUUUGGCACUCAGGAAACUGCAAAGGAAACCCCACCAGCUGAAACUCAGACUCCUGCUUCAGUGUCUGUGUCAAUGUUCCUGAAGAAUAUCGCAGAGCAGCACAGAGAGAAAGAGAAGGAAUCUGGUGUCAGUGUAUCUGCAUCAGCGCCGUCAGUGGACAAGACAGAUCAGGAUGAAAAUCCCCUCUUCACUGGCAAAUCCAACGACUUCAGUUUUGCAGACUUGGCUAAAAACUCACAAGGAGACUUCCAGUUUGGACAGACUGACUCCAAUUUCAAAGGCUUCACCCGCGCUGGUGAGCAGCUGUUCACAUCCCUUCAGUCAAACCAGAGGGCAGACACCUCAGCUGACCAGGAUGAAGAGGACGUAUACAAGACAGAGGAGAAUGACGAUAUCCAGUUUGAGCCUGUGGUCCAGAUGCCUGAGAAAGUGGACCUGGUCACAGGAGAGGAGGACGAACAGGCCCUCUACUCCCAGAGAGUGAAGCUUUUCAGGUUUGACGGAGACAUCAGCCAGUGGAAGGAGAGGGGCGUUGGGGUCCUCAAGUUCCUGAAGAAUGCCACCAAUGGCAGGCUCAGGGUGCUGAUGAGGAGAGAGCAGGUCCUGAAGGUGUGUGCCAACCACUGGAUCACCACCACCAUGAACCUGAAGCCUUUGGCUGGCUCCGACAAGGCUUGGAUGUGGCUGGCUAAUGACUUCUCUGACGGAGAUGCCAGACUGGAGCAACUCGCUGCCAAGUUUAAAACACCAGAGCUGGCUGAGGAGUUCAAGCUGAAGUUUGAGGAGUGUCAGAGGCUCCUGUUGGACAUCCCACUGCAGACUCCUCACAAGCUUGUUGACACAGGCAGAACUGCACAUCUCAUCCAGAAGGCAGAGGAGAUGAAGUCCGGUCUGAAAGAUCUUAAAUCUUUCCUGACUGAUGACAAAACAAAGAUCAAGGAGGACGACAGCCAAGCUAACGUCACGACAGCCAGUAACACCUCUGGUCUGAUCAUCAAGCCCCACGCAGAGAGCACUGGCCCUACCUUAGAAUGGGAGAACUAUGACCUGAGAGAGGAGGCUCUGGACGACACUGCUGACACCUCUGUCUACGCCUCACCCCUAGCAAGCAGCCCAAUCAGGAAGAACCUCUUCUGCUUUGGAGAAUCCACAGCUGGCUUCAACUUCAGCUUCCAGCCUGUCGUCAGUCCCGCCAAGUCGCCGGCCAAGCUGAACCAGAGCGGGGUGUCUGUGGACGAGGAGCAGGACAUUAGCCAGGAGGAGGAGCGAAACAGACUGUACUUUGAGCCUGUGGUUCCCCUGCCAGACCUGGUGGAGAUCCCCACUGGAGAGGAGAAUGAAAAUGUGUGUUUCAGCCACAGGGCAAAGCUGUACCGCUAUGACAAAGACCUGAACCAGUGGAAGGAGAGGGGCAUCGGUGACCUCAAGAUACUGCAGAACUACGACACCAAACGAGUCAGACUCGUCAUGAGGAGAGACCAAGUCCUGAAGAUCUGCGCCAACCACUGGGUCACAUCUUCUAUUAAGUUGGAGCCCAUGAAGGGUGCUGAGAAGGCCUGGGUCUGGAGCGCAAUUGACUUUGCCGAGGUAGCUGAGGGAAAUGUUGAGCAGUUAGCGGUGAGGUUCAAACUGCAGGAUGUGGCCAACUCCUUCAGAGACAUCUUUGAGAAGGCUAAAACUGCCCAGGAGAAUGAGAUUCUGGUCACUCCCAUAGCCUCCAGUGAGGCCCUUCCUCAGGAGGAAGCAACAGCAACGGGGACAACAGUGUGUGGACAGGCUGCUGUGGCCAUCCUGGAGGAGACCACCACAGAACGGACGGAGCUGAAUCCUGAGACUUUCCAAACCCCUGACUGCAAGGCCUCCACCGCCACACCACACAGCCCUCUCCACCCCUCCAAGAUGGUGAUGUCCCCACCCAAGUUCCUCUCUGGAACAGACUCUCUCCAGAAGAUAUUCGGCAGCAGCCCCCCAUCAUCCAAGGAGGAUGGUUCUUCAGAGAGCUCCAAGGUUAAAGACAGCGGUCGGACCUCCCAGCCUUCAACUGCAUUCAAAAUCCCAGAUAAAGCACCUUCUCAGGCGGAGGCCGACGAUGACGCUGAGGUGGAGGUGGUCUAUGUGAGGCAGCCGAUAGCGGAGCAGGCUCUUCUGGCCAGGGAACUCCUGCUGCCUCUCACCUUCUUCUGCUACCAGAACGAACCAGGAUAUACCAGCGACGACCAGUCAGAUGAUGAGGACUUUGAGACAGCAGUUAAAGCACUGAAUGGAAAACUGUACCAGGACCUUCCUAAGAGAAAGGCUGCAUGUGCAGGUUCUGCAGGCCAGACGGAGGCAGGUGUUGAGGCUGAGGCAGGUGUUGAGGGUCUGGACCCGGAGGUUGAGGUGGUGUGGGAGAAGAGGCCUACUCCAGAGGAGGGACAGAAAGCCAGGAACCUGCAGCUGCCUUCAACCUUCUUCUGUGGUGUAGGCAGCGAUAGCGAGGCAGAGAAGGACAAGACAGAGGACUUUGAGACAGAGAUCCGCAAAGCACAGGCCCUGGUGGAGACUAAGUCAGGGGAGGAGGAUGAGGAGAUCCUGUUUAAGGAGCGUACCAAGCUGUACCGCUGGGAGAGAGACCUGAGCCAGUGGAAGGAAAGGGGUGUGGGAGACAUCAAGAUCCUCUUCCACCCCGAUAAGAGGUUCUACCGCGUGCUGAUGAGGAGGGAGCAGGUGCUGAAGGUCUGUGCCAAUCACACCAUCUGUCAGAGCAUGGAGCUCAAACCCAUGAACACCUCUGACCAAGCCCUAGUCUGGACAGCUACUGACUUUUCAGAGGGUGAGGGUAAGGUGGAACAGUUGGCAGCCAAGUUUAAGACGGCAGAGCUGGCCGAGUGUUUCAGGAAGACCUUCUGUGAGUGUCAGAGUCGUAUGAGCCAAUCAGAGGCCUCAGCCCUCUCCUCCUGCCAGAUGUCCAGGGUCCAGGAAAAUUCCAGAGAAGCCAAUCCCCAGGUGUACCUCUCUAUCUCCGCUGACAACAAGCCCCUGGGAACGGUCACCAUAGAACUGUUCUCUAACAUCGUCCCCAAGACAGCUGAGAACUUCAGAGCACUGUGUACAGGACAGAAAGGCUUCGGGCUGCGCAACUCUGUCUUCCACAGGGUCGUACAGGACUUUAUGUGUCAGGGUGGAGACAUCACCAACCAGGAUGGGACGGGAGGGAAAUCCAUCUACGGGGACAAGUUUGAGGAUGAGAAUUUUGACGUGCGCCACACGGGCCCGGGGCUGCUGUCCAUGGCCAACCGUGGCCGAGACACCAACAACUCCCAGUUCUUCAUCACCUUGAAGAAGGCUGAGCACUUGGACUUCAAACACGUGGCCUUUGGUUUUGUCAGAGAGGGCAUGGACGUGGUUCGCAGCAUGGGACAGCUGGGGACCAAGACUGGCAAACCCAGCAAGAAGAUUGUCAUCACCGAAUGUGGACAACUGUAGAGCUUCGCUCUGUUUACUGACUGUGGACAAUUCAACUGUAGGGCUGAGAUCUGGUCACUGACUGGAUGGCUAUCGGCCUUCGCUCUGGUCAUGGACUGGACAGUGAUAGGCUUUCAAACUGUGGAGUUGACAACUAUAGUAGGCAAAUCUCAAAUGAGACCCUAUACCCCAUGUAGUGUACAAUUUUUUUUUACCAGAGCCCAUGUGGAGUGCACUAAGGUCUCUGGUAGUGCACUAUGAGGGGAAUAGGGUGUAAUUUGUCUCCUUUUGAUAAGUGUUGCACUUGCUUCCAUGCCCACCCUGAGGGCAGCACAUCACUGUGUGACUCCCCAGACUGUAUUUGUGUGUAUAAUGUCAGGGAAGACCAAGCAGGCAACGAAAGACAACUGAGUAGGGUGCAAACAAUAUAAAGGUUUUAUUAAUCAAAACUUGGAAAAUACAAAUUAUGACAAGGAAAUAAACCAAAGUGCUUUAAAAUAUACAAAGGGAUAAAUUAAUUGAAAUGAAAAACAGACUGUCCUAUAAAGUCUAAACUUAAAAAAUAACUGAGAUCUAACAUGCAGGUACAGAACGUACAUAAACCGAAAAUCAACUAACUGAAGGGACAUUCCACAGAGACUAUCCAUUCCCUGCUCCAAAGGGAGUCUGCAAACCGUCAAGUUUUACAUUCAGACAAUAAUGAUAUAAAGUUUAGAUAUACUGAUCAUGUUUUUAAAUACAAGCAUGACUGAUUUUCUUAUAUGAACUGUAACUCAGCAAAAUCUUUGAAAUUGUUGCAUGUUGCGUUUAUAUUUUUGUUCAGUAUAGAUAAUGUGUCCUGUCUAUGUGUUCUGUUUAUUUAUGUGGCCCAUAGUCAUAAAAAUUGAUGCUGAAAACUACUGAUAAUAUAGUAUUGUCUUUUAGCCAUGGUAGUAUAGGGGUAAGUGGUUACAGAUGAGAAUAACUAUUGAGAAUAACUAUUUUUGCAAGACUCAAAUAUAUGCUCUGGAAUGUAAGGAAGGGUUGUAGCACUUUGGUUGUACUACAAAGUGAUAGCUAUUUCCCACGUUAUAAUGUGUAAUGAGAAUUAUUCCUUUGCUUACGGCGAUACAAGACUGAAUACACCCGAUCUUGGAAGCUAAAAGCUCAGACACACCGGUGGGAUUGUCAAACGCUUGUCUGCCGACAGUACUUAGCACAGGGCUCUCCAACCAAACCUACAGGACGGUAGCUCUCAAGGAACAGGGUUGGAGAGCCCUGAUUUAGC